GUGGGUUUUUUGUGUGUCUGUGCCUUUCAGUGUGUUCAGUUGGACAUCGUCCGAGAGCCGCGCUGCUCUCUGUCUGUUCACCCGUCCGUCCACCCCCGCCCCGGUGCGGCUCCGGCUCCGCCAUGACCACCACCACCACCUUCAAGGGCGUUGACCCGAAUGGCAGGAAUAGCUCCCGCGUGUUACGUCCUCCAGGUGGUGGAUCUAAUUUUACUUUGGGCUUUGAUGAGCCUACAGAACCACCAGUGAGAAAGAACAAAAUGGCAUCUAAUAUUUUUGGAACAUCUGAAGAAAAUCAACCUUCCUGGGCCAAGUCAGCAGGGGCUCAGUCUAGUAGGGAUAAUUCCAAACCAUCUGGACUCCAAAGAAGAAACUCUUCUGAAGCUGGUCCUGGAGAUUUUUUAGGUCCCAAGGGAGAAGGUGAUGUCCAUGAAAAUAUGGAGGCAGACUUACAAGUUGACCUGGGACAGAAUGAAGAGAAAUCUGUGCCUGCUGCACCUGUCCCCAGCCCAGUUGCAUCAGCACCAGCACCAUCCAGAAGAAAUCCACCUGGUGGCAAGUCCAGCUUAGUCCUUGGUUAAAUAUGACUUUUUUCCCUCCCCUCCAUGCUUGUGAACUGCACAACUUGAGCCUGACUGUACAUCUCUUUAAAAUUUCUUUCAUUAAAAAAGCACUU